UCUCGUGACACCGUCAAGGCUCCUCGCACAUGGAACCUCACAGGGUGGCGUGCCCUCGAGGUGCUCUCUGAACGAAAUCUAGAAUUCGCGCACCGCAGGCCGCAUUGGGUCUACGACGCUACAGCACCGGUAGGCACUGUACGACGCUGGCUUUGGCCGGCACGGUUGUCUUAAGAAACGGGAUGCUUGCGCUCUUCUUGUGGCUCGACUGCUGGGGAGGCUCAGCCCACCAGGCAAAAGAUAGCCUACUGCUCGUCAUAGCAUUCAAAUUGCAGCAAUACACUUACCUUAAAAUAUACUUAGCAGCGGGAAAUAGUAGCACUAUCAUUAUUGCUCACUACCGGUUUGAUGGAAGCAUGCUACCUGCUGUCAUCAAGUUGCUCAAUGAUUCUGAGCGUCUCAGACUUUUUAGCAUAGAUUCAGUACUGUGCCUCUUGGCGUUAUCGAGUGUGCUAUGAAGGUAGGUGCCGGCCAUACCAGGGUCUUCCCAAGCCGUUCU